AUGAAGUUGAAAACGAUUAGCAGAUCAACAGAUACUUAUGUUCCUGUACGAAAUACUCAGGAAAGUGCAUUGCCUCGUAAUUUGAACCCAGCACUACAUCCAUUCGAAAGGGCGAGAGAAUAUACUAGAGCCCUUCAAGCAACAAAGCUUGAGAGGAUGUUUGCACAGCCUUUUAUUGACCAACUUGGCGAUGGGCAUAGAGACGGUGUUUAUGUGCUUGCAAAGAACUAUCACUCAACUAAUCAGUUUGCCAGUGGAAGCGGUGACGGUGUAAUCAAGUAUUGGAAUUUGACAUCGAGGCAAGAAACUGCUAGUUUUAGAGCCCAUUAUGGAAUGUGUACUGGGCUUGUUAUUUCUCCAAAGAAUCAAAUGUUGAGUUGUGGCGAUGACAAGCUGAUCAAGUUGUGGUCCGUAAACAGUGAAGAUUUUGACAAAAGUGUACAAGAUGAUGAAAUUUACACAAAUAAAGACCAAGGGUUGGUGAAAACUUUUGUUGGAGAGCAUGCAUUCAAAGGUAUUGAUCAUCAUAGAGAGGAUGCCAUGUUUGUUACUGGAGGAGCUCAGAUACAGUUGUGGGAUAUGAACCGAUCCAAAUAUAUUAGUAACUUGUCUUGGGGUGCAGACAAUGUAAACACCGUCAAGUUCAAUCAAACAGAGACAAAUAUCAUUGCCAGUACCGGAUCAGAUAACUCCAUUGUUUUAUACGAUAUACGUACCAAUGUUCCAGUUCAAAGAGCAGUAACAAACUUUAGAAACAACUGUAUCAGUUGGAAUCCACUUGAAGCAUUCAAUUUCGUCACCGGUAAUGAAGAUCACAAUGCAUAUUUAUGGGAUAUGAGAAACAUGAAGAAAACGAUUAACAUCUACAAAGAUCAUGUUGCUGCGAUUAUGGAUGUUGACUUUUCACCAACAGGAGAAGAAAUCGUCACCGGAUCUUAUGAUAAAACUAUUCGUAUAUUUAAUGCCCGUGCCGGCCACUCGCGUGACAUUUACCACACUAAAAGAAUGCAGCAUGUUUUCUGCACUAAAUUCAGUACCGACGCUAGGUAUAUUCUCAGUGGAUCGGACGAUACUAAUGUAAGAAUCUGGAGAACAAAAGCAUCCGAUAGAUCUAAUAUCAAAUCUAUGAAACAGAGAAAUAAGCUUGAGUACGAUGACAAAUUGAAAGAAAGAUUCCAAUACAUGCCUGAAAUUAAGAGAAUUGCUAGACACAGACAUGUUCCAAAGGUUGUUAAAAAGGCUCAAGAAAUUAAACGUAUUGAGAUUGAAAGUUUAAAGAGGCGAGAAGAUAAUGAAAGAAGACAUACAAAGAGAGGAAGUAAACCGUAUGUACCCGAAAGAGAAAAGCAAGUUCGGGGAACUGCAAUUGAGUAA